AUGCCGUCAGUAGCCAUGCCGCUCGAUGCAACGGAGAAAACCACAGAAGCACCGCAACCGGGAAGCUUGGCCAACGGCGUGGAUGUGUCGAAGGGCAAAGAUAUUCCCCGGCGGCUCAAACAGCAUUUGACCAGCCACAUCCGCGUCAACAUCCUCGCCGAAACCGAACUCCUGAUCCUCACAUUUUGCACGGGUAUCCAAGAUGCGACCACCUUCCCCGACUACCACUGCUUUGCUUCCAACCAAACAGGCAACACCGUUAUGCUUGCGAUGGCUGUCCUCCUACCUGAAAUAACACACAAGUUGUUUGUGACUGGAAACAUCGGCGUCUCUCUAGGCUGCUUCCUGGCGGCAGGGUGGGUGACGGGCCAGUUGGGCCAUGUCAUCGGACCACGGUCACGUCACUGGAUAGUAUUUUGCAACCUCUUUCAGACGAUACUGGUCUUCAUGGCGGCUGCCAUUCAGUACAAGUAUGGCAUCGAUCUGGAAAGCACCAAGACAUUGAUGAUCGUGGGAUUGCUUGCGCUCGCCGCUGGAAGUCAGGUGGUCUUGUCAAGGUCGCUGGCCAUCACCGAGAUCAGUACUGCCAUGGCAACGGCUGCGUGGGUCGACCUGAUAAUUGACAAGAACCUGUUCGCCCUCCACAACCGGGCUCGAACGCGUCGAGCGAGUUUCCUAGCGGCUCUGGUAGCAGGUGCUUUCCUCGGGGCAUAUGUGUAUCGAAGCUUGGAUUCAGCCUCUGCAAUAUUGCUGUCAGGGAUUGGCAAGCUGAUUGUGACGGUCAUGUUCCUGUUCAAUGACAGAGACAAGUCUGUUGAGUCUCAAGCCCUUGUGUAG